AUGUCCUCGGGACACCCCGUGGUGCGGCGACCACGCUUCUCGCGAUCGAACAUCGAGCUCAUCAACUCGCUGCGCGCCAAUUUCACCUCGUUCAAACACUACUCUCCUGCCCCUGCAGCCGCUGCCGGCGGCACCACCACCACAGCUGAGACCUUUAUCCCUCCCGUCUGGACGACGCAGGAGAACGAUACACUCUACGUGCCGUCCUGGCGGCCAACCCCGCUCGUCGAGCCCCGCGACGCUUACGACGUGACCUGCAAACUGUUUUUCCUCCCCGGCAUCCCGAGCACGCGGCGGUGCCGACACACACGAGAAGCCAUCGACCUGGUCCUGAAAGAGCUGGGCGUGGACACCAUUGAUCUGUUGAUCAUUUCAUACCCCGGAGUGACCUUUGACGCCGAUGAUGAAGAACAAGAGGAGGGGGAGGAGAACGGCGACCGGGACGAUGACGAAGGAGUAGUAGAAGACGAUGAAGCAGAGGAGCAGGCCUCCGCAGACGAAAACCCCAGCGAGGCCACCGACGAGUCGGAGGAGAGCCUGGAGGCGCAGGUGCAGACCUGGCAAGUGCUCGAGUCGCUGCACGACACGGGCGUCAUUUCGCAGCUCGGGGUGUCCGAGUUCAGUUCAGAGCGGCUGGCGAAAUUCCUGCCCGAGGUCCGCAUCCGGCCACGGGUGGACCAGAUCAACGUCAAGGACUGCUGCGUCGUGCCCAAGUCGCUGAUCAUGUUCGCAAAGGAGAAUAAGAUCGAGCUGUUGACACAUGCCGACUGCAUGGACAUUCUGCCGUCCGGCACGACGAGGGAACUGUUGGGGCCCGGCAAAGACGGUGCCGGCAUCCUGGCGGCGCACCCGGAGGGCGGACCCGACGAGCCUGGCUUGAAGGGCGACAUCGAGCCCCAGUGGGUCAUCAAGUAUACCGCCGUGGUGAAGAACCGCGGCGUCAUUGAGAACAAAGGGUAUUUUGCCAUGGCGCAGCUGGGGAGCUGUAUCGAAGAGAAGCAGCCCGCCGGGGACGCAGCAGCAGCAGCACUUUCCCGGAGUCAACAAUAG